UUUUCAGAUGAGUAAUCAAUAUAUCAACGAGCCGAUUACGACGGGAAAGGUAACCCUUGAAACCACUGCCGGAGACAUUGAAAUUGAGCUUUGGACGAAGGAAGCUCCACUAGCAUGCAGAAAUUUCAUCCAGCUUUGCAUGGAAAAUUAUUACAAGGGAACUGUAUUUCAUCGGCUUGUCAAAAAUUUCAUUCUCCAGGGUGGAGACCCUACGGCAACCGGAACCGGCGGAGAGAGCAUCUAUGGAAAACCAUUUAAGGAUGAAAUCCACCAACGUCUAAAAUUCAACCGCCGCGGAAUUGUUGGAAUGGCAAAUGCUGGACGAGACGACAACGGUUCCCAAUUCUUCUUCACAAUCGGUGAUCGCGGAGCUCCAGAGCUCGACAAAAAGCACACAAUCUUCGGAAAAGUGACCGGACCCACACUUUUCAAUAUGCUUAAAAUCACAGAAGUUGAGACUGAAGGCGAUCGACCAGUGACAUUUUAUAAAAUUACUGGAGCACGAAUUGAUAAUAAUCCAUUUGAUGAUUUAAAGCCACGGGAAAAGAGGAAAAAAGAGAAAAGUGAGCGGAGAAAAGAGCCGAAAGUUGUGGAGACGAAGAAGACGAAUUUGUUGUCAUUUGGAGAUGAAGUUGAGGAGGAUGAGCAAGAAUUGGCCGUUUUUAAUAAGAAAACCGCGAACAAGCCGAAAUCCGCCCAUGAUGCUCAUGACAAUGACACUGUUGGCCUAUCGAAACAAGCUGCAGUGACACGUGAUGAAAUGAGUAAUUAUUGUCCAGAAGAUGAUGAUACUGUCAAAGAUGAAUCGUCAAUUUCGUCGAUUCGGGAAAAAUUGAUGAAAAAGAGUCAGAAGAGAAAGCUCGAAGAAAAAGCCGGCGGUGAAGAUGAAGACUAUGAGAAAAUGAUUGAAGACGAGAGGAAUGCAAAGGAGCGGGAGACGAUUGAUAAAAUGAAUUCGGAGCUGAAGGAUAUGCAAAAGGAGUACAUGAAAGCACUUCGGCCAGUGAAGGAGAAGAAGAAGGCUGUAAAAGACGAAACGCUGUCAGAAGCAAUGCAAUCAUAUCAUGAUCUAAAAAUGCGAUUCAAGUCGAAAACGAAGGAUGUUGUAAAGCAAAAAGAUGCUCAAAGAGAAGGACAAACUAUGAAUAUGCUUGAAAGAUUCAAAAAUCGAUUGGGUGCUUCUAAUCAGAAGGCUAUCUUGUUUGAUAAGAAAAUUGAGAUAAAAGAGCCAAUUCUCCGAAACGAAGGCGAGGAGGGCGAAGAGAAAAAGUUCGGAACGAUGGAUUUAGACGCAGAAGAUAUUCAAGGAACAUCAUGGAUGUCUCAUCGAUUUAAAGCAGAAGAUGUUGUACUUUCUUCAAAAGCAAAAGAUGCGAAUAUGCGUGAAGAAAGUGAAGAUUGGUAUCAUAUUACUGAUCCACGUAACAAGAUGGCCAAACGAAGACGUGGCGAAGAAUAAUUUAUUGAUUUGUGAUUUAUCGAUUUUUUGUUGUAUUUUUUGUUAAAAAUUGCGUUGAAAUUUUUAAAAAUCGGGAGAAAAAUACCUAACAACGGAUUUUCCCCGUUUUUUCUUGAAAAUCCAUUUCAAAAUUCCAGAAAUUUUUCAGUUGUAUUUUUCAAAAAAUAAGUGCUUUUAAAUUUGAAAAAUUAAAAAAAAACCGAUUUUUGAAAUUUUUGGCCAAAAAUUCAAUUUUUCUGAUUUCAAAAUUACAUAGAUUUCCUUUGAAUUCGAGUUAUUCCGAGAAAAAUUGAAAAAAAAUCAAUUUUCCUAUUUUUUUUUUGAACUUUGGAAAAUACUUUGUAACUUUUCUCAAUUUAAGGAAAAAAUCGCAACUUUUCAUUUAAAAAAUUAAAUUUAUUAAAAAUUGCGUUAAAAUUUCAAAAAUUGGGGAAAAACAACCUAAUAACAGAUUUUUUCCAAAAAUUCCAAUUUUCUUUUUUGUUUGAAAUUAAAGGAAAGGUUUUUUUUUAAACUAAAACCUUUUUCAAUUAAUUUUUUGAAAAUUAUUCUUCAUAAAAUCAAAAAAAAAUGAUAUUGGUUUUUUCUGGAAAUUAACCGUUUUUUUUUUCAUCCAAAAAGUUUGAUAAAUCCAGUUUUCUUAAAUUUUUACCUAAAAAUUCUAUUUUCACAUUAAAAAAAAUCCCAAUUUUCCCGAUUUUUCUCAAUUUUUUGUUGCAAUUUUAAUAUUCAUUCAAAUGUCAAAACUUCAUUAUCAUUGAAUCUCAUACAUUUAAUUUAUUU